UCACUUCACAAAACCCGUGCCUCAGGUCUUCGACUCCUCUCCUCGAACAAAACCUAAAAGCCUAAAAAAUAGGUUAGUAAGAAAUUGGUCUUUUCACUCUAAAGUCAUACCCAGAAAUCUCUUACUGUACUCUUAUUAGCUCUUCGCUUAGCAUAUUGGGAAUAUUAUGGCUGAAGUGAACCAAAGUUUUGUUGAACAAGAUGGGAAUCAUGAAGGAGAUCCAAUACCUGAAAAUCCAGUUCCUGAAGAACAAGUACCUGAGUAUGAAGUACCUGAAUAUCAUCAAGUACCUAAUGAUGAAGUACCUGAAUAUCAAAUUCCUAAUGAUGAAGUACCUGAAUAUCAAAUUUCUAAUGAUGAGGUGCCUGAGGAGCAAGUAACUGAAGACUCACAGCCUCAACAAAAGCUAGAACAUGAAGAGGAUUCUGCAGCUGGAGGUGGUGAAAAGAAAUGGCCAGGAUGGCCUGGAGAGAGUGUAUUCCGGAUGUUGGUUCCUGCACAGAAAGUUGGUAGCAUAAUUGGUCGCAAAGGGGAGUUUAUUAAAAAAAUAGUUGAGGAGACAAGAGCUCGCAUAAAGAUUCUUGACGGUCCUCCUGGGACAACAGAAAGAGCUGUGAUGAUAUCUGCUAAGGAGGAACCUGAUUCUUCUCUUCCUCCUGCUAUGGAUGGCCUUUUGAGGGUUCACAAGCGCAUUGUUGAUGGUUUGGAGGGUGAUUCUUCUCAUCCACCACAAGGAGGCAAGGUCUCAACUAGGCUGCUAGUCCCAGCUUCUCAAGCAGGAAGUUUGAUUGGUAAACAAGGAGGAACUGUUAAAUCUAUCCAAGAAGCAUCUAGUUGUAUAGUCAGAGUUCUUGGAGCAGAAGACCUACCAGUCUUUGCUCUCCAAGAUGAUAGGGUUGUUGAAGUAGUAGGAGAUGCAACUGGUGUACACAAAGCAAUAGAACUAAUUGCAUCUCAUCUAAGGAAGUUUUUAGUUGAUCGCAGUAUUAUUCCCUUAUUUGAAAUGCAUAUGCAAAUGGCAAAUCCUCAAAUGGAGCACAUGCCACCUCAUCAAUCCUGGGGUCCACCUCAGGGUCUUCCUCCAAAUGCUAGUGGAGGCCCUGGUUUUGGAACUAAUCCUCAAUACAUGCCACCUCCUCGGCAAGUUGACAAUUAUUAUCCUCCUGCAGACUUGCCGCCUCCUAUUGAGAAACAGCCUCAUCAGGGAAUAUCUGCUUAUGGAAGAGAGGCCCCUAUGGGCGUUCAUGGAUCCUCAAGUGCCCAAUCAGCACCAUCGAUGAUAACACAGAUUACGCAGCAAAUGCAAAUUCCUUUGUCUUAUGCUGAUGCUGUUAUUGGAACGGCUGGUGCAAGUAUAAGCUAUAUUCGACGCUCUAGUGGGGCAACUGUGACUAUACAAGAAACCAGGGGUGUUCCUGGGGAAAUGACAGUUGAAAUCAGCGGAACUGCUUCUCAAGUACAAACUGCCCAGCAGCUAAUACAGAAUUUCAUGGCUGAAGCUGCGGCUUCAUCACAGGCACAGAUUGGUGGGUCAACAGACCAAGGUUAUAACCCAUAUGCAACUCAUAGUUCCAUGUAUGGUUCACCACCUUCGAAUCCUGGACACACAAGCCAUACUGGAGGCUAUGGCUCAGUGUAUGGUUCGAACUAUGGUUACUAGGCAAGGCAGUUGGACUUUGUUUUUCAUAAUAGGCACCAUAAAAUUUUUGAAAAAUUAGCUGGUAAAAAGGGAUUUAAAUUUGUUUGAGAAGGAUAAUGUUGUACUUCUUGAUUCCCAACAAAUUCUGUGUUAGGACAAAGCGAACAUUUGAUAGAUUUUGUUUGUGCAUUAGGCUAACAAUAGGGUUAAGCCAUUAUUCUUGAAUGUUGUUGAACGCCAUUGUUUUUUGCUUCUGUGUACUGUGCAUUUUUUUCC